UAUAAAAAGGCUUACCCUGCAUGAUCCGAGCCACAUCCACAGCCAUUUCCGAGCCACUGAAUCCGCACAGAAUUACGAACCCUUGUUGAGCUCGUCCGAUUAGCCGCCAUGGUUUCAUCAAUGAAGCAGUACAGAGAUCAGGCCGAUGCGCCCUCGCCCCUCUCCCUCUCUCUGUCCCUGGGAGUCGUCUCCGACAGCAGCAAGAAGAUGCACCGCGGCGGCGCGGACGGUGAGUUCGUGUGCAAGACGUGCAGCCGCUCCUUCCCGUCGUUCCAGGCUCUGGGAGGACACCGGACCAGCCACCUCCGUGGCCGCCACUGCCUCGCGCUCGGCCUCGCUGCGGGGUCCGAUCAGCCGGGGACCAAGAAGACGGUGGACCAGAAGCAGGCGCACCGGUGCCACGUCUGCGGGAUCGGGUUCGAGAUGGGGCAGGCGCUUGGCGGCCACAUGCGCCGCCACCGCGAGCAGGAGGCCGCCACCACGGCGCAGGCGCCGCCCGUUCUGCUCCAGCUCUUCCUCUAGCACUGCACCAUCGAUUUCUCUCAAGUUCAAUAGCCAGGCAUAUCUAGUUCUAGUCCAGAUUUACAGGAUCACCUAUGUGCACGAUUUGGUUUGCACAUUUGCUGCACAAUAGUUGGUCUGCUCGCUCAUGUUAUUAGGUAUAUAUAUGUACAUAUUUUAGGACUCAUUCAUUCGUUCAUUACUGUUUACUGAUA